AUGGAUUCGGAUUUAGUCGACCUCUAUCCGUGGAGGCCGGAUGAAGAAGGAACAAAAAGUUUGGAUCCGUGGACCAAAAAGGACAAGAAAGACUUUGAGUCCAGGAAGAAUGACUUGGGAAAGUAUUAUUGCUAUAAUUUGAUGGGUAAACACUCAUCUUUUGAUGACUCAGAUGAGAAAGAGUUGUCCCCGAUGCAGGGACCAGCCACGGGGAUGCAGAGGCUAGCCAUUCACGUGCCCGGUCACCAGCAGGAGGAGACCCGAGACGACGGGUUGAGGAAGAGGGGAUCGUCCCAGCCGUCCGCAGGGCCUCACAAAAAGACAAGACCCUCUAAAGAGGCACUCGACGCAAUAUGGUCUUUUGUGAGCCUGUGUACGACCCUGGACCAUCAAGCGACCUCGGCUAAGAGGAAGGCCUUCAGCAAAGCUUCUAGCAUCAAGGAAGCCAAGGCGCAAAUUCGAACCCUGACGACAGAGAGGGAACAGUUGAAGGGAGAAGUGCUAGCUGCGAGGGCGAAACUGGAAGAAACAGCCGCAGCCCACGCAGCUCAGAUGGAGGGUCAGCAGUCCACCGCAAUAUCCAAAUCUGAGAUGGACCGAUACAUUAUCGCAGGGUCGGACAUCGGCUGUACGAUUGAGAUGCAAGGCCUGCAAGCACUUCCGGGAUAUGCACUUCGGUCGCCUUCUCGUGGUCCAAGAGAUGUCUCGGCUUUGUCCAACCAUCACCUCACCCAAGGAGAUCUUCAACAUCCCCGGGGAACCCUCCGUCGUCUUCAAGAUGCCAAGGGGAUCCUCACCCCUUCAAGUACACCAGCGGGGCUAGACGAGGAGGUCCCCACGGAAAAAGAGCCCAAGACACCCCUGGGCAGAGGCAAUUCCGAGGGCCAAAGCGGAGAUGGGACCUCCACCGAUUCCAACGCCAGUGACGGGGACAAAGUGAAUAACGCAUAG